UUUUGAUCAACACAUUAGAUAGAUUUGAAAUAUUUACGCAAAGUGUGGGAACAGUAAUCAUUGAUUUGCAUAUCCUGGCAAGAAAUUUUGAUAAAUUUGGGUGCCAGUUGUGAACUGACAAUUGUGAAGCAAAAUGUUCUUUUUAGUACUAUUUCUAACAUAUACCAAUAUGGUAUUUGUAACAAAAACUGAAGAUACAUUAAUUUGUAUAAAUGAUACAAAUUGUAACGAACCAAUAGACUCAACUAUAUAUACACAAAAUCCUACAAUUAAUCUAUCUGACUUAGAAAUUUCAUCAAAUGAUAUAGAAGAGAAUAAUCUAUUUACUACUAUUAUUCCCAUAGAGAUAACAUCUUCAAGAAUAAAUUCUAAUAUAACAGAACAAGAAGAAUUAGAAUCAACUUCAAUAACAAUAUCCUCGCCAAUUGUACAUCCAGAUAAUGAUGAAGUUCUUAUACUUGAAGAAAAAGAAAUAUGCGAAUGCAAUUUGAUUAAAUUUUCUUGUGAUAUCAAUUGCUGCUGCGACACAGAUUGCAAUCAAUUUCAUUUAUCUGCUUUUUCGCACUGUCAAAAUUAUCAUGUAAAAGUUUAUGAUAGUCGGUAUUGCUACAAUCGAAAUUUGAUACAAUGGAACAACACAGCUUUUAUUCUUGAAAAACUUGGAAAUAAUUUAUUUUGCAUUUUAUAUGACAAUCUUCCAUCUACAUAUAACAUCGACAAUGAUUUGGUACUAAACAAUGAAAAAGAUCUGUGGAAAGUGAUACAAAAUAAAUACAAAUGGAAAAUAGAACAUAGUGCAGGAUUAACCAAAUAUAAUUUGUCUAAAUAUUAUCAACAUGGAGAUAUAUUGUGGAAAUUACAAAAUAAAUCUAUUGAAUCAAUAGACCUUUUACAAUCUGGAUUUACUGAAAUCUGUUCGUUUAGGAAGACUUUAAGAUAUUUGGAAAAUUGGAAAGGUACAUGCCUACAAAAUGAUUUGACAAAUAUGAAUCAAUAUUUGUUCACUAUGACAUUCAAUAACUUUACAGUUAUUAAGUCCUUACCAUUAUUUAACGACACAUUCGUUCGAAAACAGGCAUGCCGAAGCAAUAUUUGUUUAUCAAUAAAGAGUCAUUAUUGUCGAAACUCAUUUUCUGCAUGCAAUGGAACCAGAAUAUCAAGUUUUUGCAUGAACUCCACCUGUCUCAACAUUGUAAAGGGACUGAAAUAUAUAAUUACUCACAAUGGUUCUGCUGGAAUCAGCAACAUUGACGCAUAUUUUGAUAUAGGCAAUGCAUCUCAUGCUUUCUAUCAAUAUUUUGAGGUCCAAUACAAUUGGAUAGACGUGAAUAAAACAAAAGUCUUUGCUCGUAGUGGAAAUCCUGGCUACAUAAUGGGUAAGCCGAUCAUUUUCGGCAUUUCUCGUGCUAAUAAAAGCAACGAGAUUUUUUUCAACAAAACUGAUGGAUUUCUUACAUUACCCUUGGCUGGGAAAAAUGGAGAGUGCGAUCAAAUUAACAGGCAUAUUAUUGCAUUUGGUGAAGAUGUUAAAUUGAAAUGCUCCGCCAAAUUAUUAUUAAAAAAUUUCACCACAUUAUCGUGCACGGAACUACAGAAUCUGACUAUGCAUUUCUUCAUGAAGGACUCUUUGCUAAAUGCGAGUCAGCAUUACAGCGCUUAUGUUUCCAAAUUGGGUAAUAUUGCCAAGAAAGAUACAACUGACUGGUUGCAGAUCAUGUUUGACAGGAUACCGCAUAGUGUCGUUACUGCACACACUAUUGGGAAACAAAUCCUGUGUUCAGGAUUAUUUACAUCAAUGCACUUUAAUAUCCUUUAUUCGAAAUUGUCAGAGCCAAAAACUUUUAUGAAUCAUAAAAUAUUAGGUAUUGCCAUUACGUUUGGUAAGGAAGAAGAUAUUAGUUGGCCAAAGUGCAUACCAAAGAAUUGUACAGACAUCCUUAGUAUUGACAUUAUUUCUCAUGUCAAUUUUUAUGAUGUUUCAAAGCCAUCCAAAUAUCACUUUGUUGGUGGACCAAAUUUAGACAUUAUGUUACCUUAUGAUUUUUUUUAUCCUUUUCUGAAUGGCUCGAAAAAAAUAGAAAUGUUGAAUAUAUUUGUCUUUUUAGUUAUAUACUUAGUAUUACAUGCAAGUAUUAGUAUUUAAUAUAAACAUGUAUCUAUAUCAUAACUUCAUUUUUCUCUUUAAUUAAAAUUUUUUUCUCCUUUUAUCUUGAUUGACGUGUAAAAGAAUUAUAGUGUCCUCUAAAAUCACAUAUAUAUAGUAAAUUAGGGAUCACUUGCACUCUAGUAUGUACGCAUUUGAAAUUUGACAACUGGCGCGAUAAAUAAUUUUUAAACUUUAUUUUUUUUUUCCUUGCAAUGUGACUUUUAUCGAAGGUUAAGAUAUUUGUUUAUCAAUGUUUAUUAUAUGGUAUAUGUUUCAAUUAUACGGAUAUUUCAAUUUUACAUCAAUAUCUUUUUCUAUUUUUCUUUUAUUAAUUUUUAUUAAAUUUG